AUUUCGGAAUUUCGUUUAAAAAAACCAUUGGAUACUCAAAAAUACUUUGAAUAUGCCUUCUAACUAUUUGAAUAUGCCUAGGAAUGAGGUUUCUAACAAUGUUGGCGGUCGUAGCAGGUGUGGAUGAUAUCGUAUUUGAUGUCGAAACAGCGCUAUCACAGCAAUUGGGCACUCAACCAUUGCCUUUCCCAGGGAUGGAUAAGUCAGGUGCUGCGGUAUGUGAAUUCUUUCUUAAGAACAACUGCAAUCGAGGCAGCUACUGUCCCUAUCGACACACAAAAGGAGAGAAAACAAUUGUCUGUAAACAUUGGUUGAGAGGGUUAUGCAAGAAAGGGGACCAGUGUGAGUUUCUCCAUGAAUAUGAUAUGUCAAAGAUGCCUGAGUGCUAUUUCUACACAAAAUUUGGUGAAUGUAUGAACAAGGAAUGCCAAUAUCUUCAUGUUGAUCCUGAGUCACGAAUGAGAGACUGCCCUUGGUACGACCGAGGAUUCUGUAAACAUGGUCCUCAUUGUCGUCAUCGACACGUCAGGAGAGUUUUGUGCGUCAACUACUUGUGUGGGUUUUGUCCCGAGGGAAAACAGUGCAAGUUCAUGCAUCCAAGAUUUGAGCUGCCAGUGAGCACAGAUUAUCCAGACAUCAUGAUGAAGAAAGUGAUCUGUCAUCGAUGUUUCCAGCCAGGACAUAAAAUAUCAACAUGUCCUUUGAAUGUGCAACCCACGGUACCAACAGCACCAGGCAUGAUACCAACCUUUCACAAUCCCCAUUUUAAUCCAGCCCCACCAACUGCCAAUGUUCAGAUCCAAAUACAACCAACUACAGAUGGACUGAAUCCACCCAGGAUGCCUUGGAGACCACUGGAAACUGUCACAUGUUUCAAGUGCGGCGAAAAGGGUCACUAUGCCAACAAGUGUUUAAAAUCAAAAGCUGAUAUCCUCAAAGCCUAAGGAACCGGUCUUAUACUAACCUGGUUUUGUGGCAAAAAGAACCUAAGAAUGUGAACAAACUAUUGAGGAAAAUAGAUAUAACUUGUGCAUUUGACACAAGCCUCUAUGUUGUACAUAAUGUGAAUAUUAUUUCAAUUCUAACUCUCUGAUAUCAAUCAAUAAAUAUUGAUUCAAGUGUAGUAGUGUAAGCAGUAGAAUUGUCUAGCACAUUGUGCAGCUAAACCCUUGUAAGUUUAAAUUAAAACCAAGAACCCAUGAGAAAUGAUGUUACAAGCAGGGGCGUAGGAACCAGGGGGGCCAAAGGGGGAUAGUGCCCUUUUUCUUUGUGAAAACAUCUAU